AUGUCCUCGGACCGGAAACAAUCGUCUGGGCUUGGGGUGCGAUUUACAACAUCCUAUUCUGAUGAAGUAGAUGCUAGUCCAACCAUUGAAUCUUCUAACCAACAUGACGCUACCCCAAGGUCGCGAGCAUUUGCAAAUUUCUUCGAAGAAUUUGAAAGAGAGUCAGACGGAAUGUCCCAGACCUCACAACUUAGUAGAGGUUGGCAACAAGCUAUUCGUGAAUCCUUUGACCAAGAUUGCAGUCAUCGCGUAUCUGACUCCUCUGGAUUUUAUAAUAAUCCGGGUGGUUUGGAUCCUUGCCUUUGUGAUGAUGACGAAGAGUUAUUGUUCAUGGACCGUUAUGGCGGCUUUUCACAGUCAUUUCAUCCUCAGUCUUGCUUCUCAGAUGUACGUCUGAAGUGGUUAUUUACUCUGUUUAACUUACCACUUUCCUUGUUUUUGCGUGAUUUGCUUUUUAAAUGCUUCAGGUUUUCGUUAGUUCUAAAAAUUAAAUUUGACAUAAUAUUAAUCAUAAAUUUUAACUUAAUGGACUGCUUAUUUUGA